AUGGCGAAGGAAUCGUGGUGGCCGCCAGCGGAGCCAGAGGGGCCAGCGGCGCCGCGUGCGCUCCCGGGCCCGCCGCCCCGCGCUCCACGCCGAGGCCGACGCCGCUGCGGCGCUCACUUUAAUGUCGGCGGGCUGCCCAGUGCCUCGAGGUGGCCCCGUCCCGUCCCAUCUGGGUGCUCCAGCCCUCCCCGGAGUGGGGUUUUGAGGGGACCCCCGCCCACUACGCCGCUUUGUGUGGUGUCCCCUCUGGGCACGUCACAAAUCCGGGGAGAGGCCCCUAGCCCGCCACGAGGCGAUCGGAAAGUGGAGCCCGUCCCAGCGCAGCGUGCUCCUGGCUUCUCGGCGCCCCUCGGCGUUCCCCGCUUGUCGCGCCCCUCGGCCUCCUGGGAGGCGAACCUAGAGUGCUACGGCGGCUCGGCAUACUCCAUCAGAUAGGGGUGGGCGCUCAUUGGACUGACUCCACACACACGGCCAUAGAAGUUGUCUAGAACACCUAUGGAUAGAGAGAGAGAUGCCUUUGGAUGUAAAGGCUAUAAGCCUAGACUGUACUCAGCUGUACAUGCGGAGAGCUGUGUGGAGAGAAAUGGCUAUCCCUAUGUGAAUAUGAAGAUAGAUUUGUCUAUAGCAAUAAAUGUCUAGAGUGUA